AUGUAUAUAAGUAUAAUGUGUAUGUGUGUGUCUCUAUUAUUACUAAUUGGAUCAGUUUCUUUCUUCCUCUCUAAACAACAAGAGAUUCUUUCUUCCUCUUUAUCUUCACCACUUUCACGUUUCAUCUUUCUCUCCAAACACUCCAGCUCAAACAACAUGACACGUUCCUCUAGAUUCCUUGGAACUGAGUCGGCGCCGCCACCGCCGGAAGAAAUACUAGCCGCCGAAACUGACAUGGUUGUGAUACUCUCAGCUCUUCUCUGCGCUCUCAUAUGCGUAUCCGGCUUAGCCGCGGUAGCUCGCUGCGCCUGGAUCCGCCGUCUGGCCGGCGUCAACUCCUCCGCCGUAGGAGAAUCUCCACCCCCGAACAAAGGUCUCAAGAAAAAAGCUCUCCAGUCCCUCCCUAAGUCAACCUUCACCGCCGCAGACUCGCCGAGCUCCUCCUCCGGAAAGGGAGAAUCAUCCACCGAGUGCGCCAUAUGCUUAAUGGAGUUUUCAGACGGAGAAGAGAUCAGGAUAUUACCCUUAUGCAGACACGCCUUCCACGUGGCGUGCAUAGAUAAGUGGUUGACUUCUCGGUCGUCGUGUCCUUCUUGUCGUAGAAUUUUGGUUCCGGUGAAGUGUGAUCGGUGUGGCCACCACGAUUCCACGGCGGAGGCUCAUGGCAAAGAUCAGCCUCCUCGUCAUCAACAUCCUUCACAGUUCAGUUCCGCCAAUAUUCCUGCUUUUCUUCCUUAAAACGUUCUUUUUACUUUCUCUAUUUUACAAAUUUGUGAAAAAUUAUCGGCAAUAAUUAAGAAAAGUAAAGUAUUAAUUAACUAGGGGUCUUUUAGUUACUUCGAUUUUUAUCCUCUGUAAGACUGUAACACUGUUCUGAAUCUGAAUCAGUCCGAUGCGUGUUUACAAGUACGACAUGUUAA